AUGUUGAGACGAAAAGAAAUAACUUUGAACGAUGUUAUUGAUUCAAAAAGAAAACUUUCCAACUUCGGAAUUCAGAACCGAUUUAUGUCAACAGAAAACAACACGUAUGAGUCAUUGUUCGACAAAUGCAUCAGAAACUCAUCGAAGGGAGUCGACUUGAAGAUCCUCCCCGACUUGACAAAGGGGAUGGAAAGUGCACCACAGCAACUUUUCAAUGCGCUCAAAACAAGACUGGAACAGCCAUUUGAAGAGCAAGAAUUGGUGAAUUUGUUUGUUGUUAUUUUGUACUUGUCGUUACAAGAAAAGGGAGAUACGAUAUUUAUGUACCUUCAGUCGAUCGAAUACAAAGUGAGUGAGUUAUAUAAAAAGACCAUAAAAGAGGAAGGAAACGGGUAUGAGACCUUUGCUGAUUUCAUUGAUGCCAUGGACGAACUUACACUGUUUAAGAUACCAAUUUCGAAUACACCACAGAUAUCCUUUGAAGGAAAGCAGAAGGAAAAGAAUAUGAUGGUUGGGAUGUUAGUGGGAGUAUCUAAUAUAUUACAAAUAUUACUCGACGUCGACUAUAAUGGACUCGAGAACAUGUCGAACAAAACAGCUGCAGAGUUACUUUUUCUUUUGUUGCAUCAUAUGAGUAAAAUCCACCACUUUUUGUUCUGUGGAAUUAGCAACUUUUGUUCCUCAUACAAAAACAUCGACUCUAAAAAUAUGAUGGAGAAGAUGAUCAAAAUAUUCAAAGUCUUUGGAGAGCAAAACACAACGGUCGCAGAGAUAUUUAACAACCCAAAUCUUAAAGUCUAUUUCAAGGAAGUCCCUAAUGUACAAAAGUCCAAUUUGUCACCAUUCAUUCAAGUGUUGGAAGACUAUUCCUCGGUGACUUUCGAUGGGGGAAAGUCCUCCAUUUUACUCGACAGACCACUUAUAAUAUCCGAAGUUAUUUCGUCGACUAAGGACAACAUCGCUUUCAUCAAAAAGGCACUCUUCAUUAACGAGAGCAACAAGAACAUCUUAUUUCUCAAAGCCUCUAAAACUAAAUCGAAGAAAUCACCCCGCUUCUUAGCUCUCUUCUCAAAGACCAAGUCGGCUAAAAUCAUUUUAUCACCAAGAACACGCGCAGAGAUCAUUCCAGAGAACGACGAGCCUAAAGAACAAAAAGACAAAGAAUCUUCAAAGUUGAGUGAAACACAGAACGUCACGGAAUUAACACAACCAACACUUUGA